AUGGUUAACGAAAUAUGGUCUCUUCAAGGAUGGAAUCUGAGCUUUAGAAGACUCUUGAAUGACUGGGAAAUUGGAAAAGUAGCUGAUCUGCUACAGUUGGAAGAUGACUCAAUAAGAUGGAGGCACAACAACGAUGGAAAAAUUUUAGUAAACAGUCUCUGUUUUAUUGAUCUAGAUAAAUUAAUCAAGAAUUUUUUAGUUCUACAGUCUGCUGUUAGUGACUAUAACUACCAGAAUAUAGAGCUUUUGCUUAGAAGUCUGCUUCAGAAGUCACUUCCAUUUAGAGCCUUAGUUCUAUUAUGUAGGUACGAGCGUAAGUCAGUUCUCAGGUUCUUGGAGACUUCCGAAAGCUAUAGGGUGGAACUCUGCUUGCAUAUAUGCCAAGAGUAUGGAGUUAUUGAUGCAGCUGCUUUCUUGUUAGAAAGGGCUGGUGACAUCGGGAGUGCCCUUCUCCUUGUUAUAUCUUCACUCAAUGAAAAAUUCACCUGCUUGAUACUGUUGUUGAAAGUGAACAGUGAUACGGCUCCGGAACAUUUCAAAGCUAUUUUAAGCAAGAAAGAGGUCACUGACAUACUAGAGAUUUUGCGCACUUGUAUUGGACUGUGCCAGAGGAAUAGCCCCCGCUUGGAUCCGGAUGAAGCAGAGAGUCUGUGGUUUCAAUUGCUUGAUUCUUUUUGUGAGCCUUUGGUGGAUUCACAGGAUCAUAGUAUAAUAAGAAAUAAAGAUGAAGAACGUGCGCAAGAAGGUGAGCCGGCUUGCAAAAUUCAAUGGAAGGUGUCAAAAUCUCAUAGGAACACUCACAUCCUCAGGAAAUUGAUCUCUGCGUUUAUCAAAGAGAUUGUUGAAGGAAUGAUUGGAUAUGUAUGCCUCCCAAGGAUCAUAUUAAAGCUUCUUUCAGAUAAUGAGACCCAGGAAUUUGGUGAUUUCAAACCUACUAUACUGGGGAUGCUUGGAACAUAUGAUUUUGAGAGGUGGAUUUUGGAUACCGCUAAAUCUUUGAUUGAAGAUGAUACAUAUUCCUCGUUGAGCUUACUGAAGAGAGGAGCUUCUCACGGAUUUGCACCUCGGAGCCUCCUAUGUUGCAUUUGUAACUGUCCCCUCACAAAAGAUUUCUCUGUUUCUAGCAUUCAAAUUUUUAGUUGUGGUCAUGCAACACAUCUGCAAUGCGAACCUCAGGAAAGUGAAGCAUCAUUCAAGGGUAACUCAGCUGGAUGUCCUAUUUGUAUGCCAAGAAAGAAUUCCAAGAAGUUGAGAAGUAAAUCAGUCCUUGUGGAGAAUGGAUUGGUGAAGUCUAUAUCAAAAUCCCAUCAAACAAAUGGGAUGACUGGUCCAUAUCUGCACGAGAAUGAUGGUUUCGACAACUCUUACGGACUUCAGUCAAUUUCAAGGUUUGACCUCCUCCUUAAUCUUCAAAAAAGCCACCAGUCAGUGCAAAUAGAGAAUAUCCCUCAGUUAAGGCUUGCACCACCUGCUGUGUACCAUGAAAAGGUUAAGAAAAGAAAUGUUCCCUCAGCUGGAGAAAGCAGCAAUGGUCUGGCAAAAGCAGAGAAACUAAGCAGGAGCAAGCACCUCAGAGAUAUAAAAGUGAAGGGAUCAUCUUUAAGGUUCCCUCUAAAAACAAAUAUAUUUGGAAAAGAGAAGAACAUUAAGUUGUGACAGCACUCGGACUGUUAAGGUUGGGCAAUCUUUUGUAGCUGCGAGCUGUUAAUCCUAUCAUUAUUUCUGGAUAUAUGUUCACUAGCUUGUAUAUUAUAGCAGAAACUGAAUUCACGAGAGGGAGAAAGUAUGGCUAGUACUCAGCCUGAGGUUAGACAUUUAGGGGUUGUUUGGGGUGAGGUAUUAAGACAAAUUAUCCCGGGAUAAAAUAAUAGUCCCGGGAUAAACUUUUUAAUACAUCGUUUGGUUUGGCAAUACUCGAGAUAAAUUAUCCCGGGACUAAUAAUAGUCCCGGGAUAAGUUAUACCACAUAUUUGGUGGUAUAAGUUAUCCCAUCUUAAUUUAUCCUUGGAUAAUAUUAUAAAAUGAUAAAAAUACCCUCAAUCCAUUACAAACA